AACGUAACAUUUUGAACUCAAAGCACAUAAAACAAGAACAAAAUUUCAAAUUAGGGCACAUCAAAGAAUGGAUCAAAAAAUUACAGAAAGGCACUUGAUUUUUGCAUUGUUGUGGUGCGCGGUGGCAGCAACGGUGGUGCGCGGACAAAGUGCGCGCAACGUAAUGGCAACCUACCAUAUGUACCACCCUCAUCUUAUUGGUUGGGACUUGCCUGCUGCAAAGGGCUACUGCUCUACUUGGUACGCCAACAUGCCCCUCACAUGGCGCAGUAAAUACGGCUGGGCCGCCUUCUGCGGACCUGUUGGCGCUCAUGGCAAACCUUCUUGUGGCAAAUGUCUUUGUGUAACAAACACUGCAACAGGAGAUACAAAAACAGUGAGAAUAGUGGAUAAGUGCGGCCAUGGAGGCAUCAACUUGGACGUGAAUGUGUUUAGAGAGAUCGACACCGAUGGGGUUGGAUACAAGAAAGGUCACCUUAACGUUGACUACCACUUUGUCGAUUGUCGCGAUCACUACUAUUAAGGAUAACCUUUUCCCGGAAAAAUUAUUAUACCGCCAUAAAACAUUUAAACAGAUUGUGUUCUAUAACCGUGAUGAGGUAUAAUAUAAGUGGUGGGUAAUGCUAAGGAGACAAAAAAAAACAUCCAGAACUUGCCUUAUUUAACAUUCAUUAAUUGUUGUAACAAUUAAUAAAUGCUAAAUAAGACAAGUUAUGGCUGUUUUUGGCUAAUUUUCUUUGGUUACUAAACAUUUUCGAUAAAUGGUAUGGUUGCUCGGUUCUUUAAGCAUCAUGUCCUGCAUUUGAUCAGCACGAGAUUCCUACUAAUUAAACGGUAAACUCCGAAAGGAUUAAAGACUAGCCUUAAAUUUCAGCCAAUGAAUAUCCAAAGAUUUACAACAAUUGGAUCU